ACGUACGGGAGCGUUGUGUAGUCGAGUCGAUACACGCACGGCAAGGUCUGGCUAUGCUGCAAAGGCCUGCGUGAUAAAAACAUAAGGAAACCCCUUGCAACGCGAACUUCGUUCCUAGCCGGUGGUGCGUGUUUCAAGUCCCGUUGUGCUCGUUUAAAACGUUCGCCGACUGAAGUGCGCCCAGCAAUUACGAUGGCGGACAACGAGCAAAAAGCGAUGCAGCUUGUGGCCGACGCCGAAAAGAAAAUCAAGUCGGCGCAAGGAUUUCUCGGAUCGUUAUUCGGGAGCUCAUCUAAACUGGAAGAAGCAUGCGAAAUGUACGCACGUGCUGCCAACAUGUUCAAGAUGGCCAAGAAAUGGAGUGCGGCCGGGAGUGCUUUCUGCGAAGCCGCCAACCUCCACCUGAAGAACGGCAGUCGACACGACGCUGCGACCUGCUUUGUUGAUGCUGGCACGUGCUACAAGAAGUCGGACCCACAAGAGGCUGUCAACUGCCACCUGAAGGCUAUUGAAAUCUACACAGACAUGGGCCGCUUCACUAUUGCUGCAAAGCAUCACAUGACGAUAGCAGAGAUAUACGAGUCAGAAAUCGUCGACAUUGAGAAGGCCAUGUCCCACUACGAGCAGGCAGCAGACUAUUUCAAGGGGGAGGAGUCUACAAGCUCUGCCAACAAGUGCAUGCUGAACGUGGCUCGGUACGCUGCCCAGCUGGAGCAGUACGAGAAGGCUGUCGACAUUUAUGAACAGGUGGCAGCAUCGUCCCUAGACAACCAGCUGCUCAAGUACAGCGCCAAGGAAUACCUGUUCCGCGCUGCACUCUGCCACUUGUGUGUCGACAUUCUCAACGCUCAGCAUGCACUGGCCAAAUAUGAAGAGAUGUGCCCCUCGUUCAUCGACUCCCGGGAAUACAAACUAGUCAAGGCCCUGAUCAGCAAGUUGGAGGACCAGGAUGUCGAGGGCUUCACAGACACCGUGAAGGAGUACGACUCCAUCUCUCGGCUCGACCAGUGGUACACAGUCAUCCUCCUCCGUAUCAAGAAGACGUUGCAGGAGACGCCCGACCUACGUUAAAAAGAUUUCCUAACGGGGUUGGGUCAAGCAUAGAGGACAAAAAAAGAAAGCAGAUGUGAUGUCCGGAGACAAGUCUUUGUUGUCUGUUCCAUCUGCCCCUGCUGUGUCAGCAUUUUUUUUUUUUGCUUCGUUUAAAUCAUUGUAUUGGAGUUCGAAAGCUGAACAAGCGAAGAACAGUGGCCAGGAUUGUUUCUGGCAACCUUUCUUGAGUACGAUAACGAAGGGCUUGUUGCUUGUCGUCUGUCACUGGAUUGGACAGAAUGUGUAACAGGCCAAGGGCUGCAUUCGCAAGGUAGAAAAAAAGAAAAGAAACUUGACGCUUUUUGAUGCCAUUGGCGCUUUCCGAAGAUAAAACAAAAAGUUGGAACAAUGAACACCUUGCUUUGUUGUAAUUUACAGCUCAAGUGCGAGCUGUGCAUUAUGAAACACAUUGCCAAUCCACUCUUUCGAACUGCGUGAGAUGUGUAUGCAAGAUGACAGACUGCACGUGCACAGCAGAACUUGGCAAUGAACAAGUUCUGCAGAGUCCAGUUGUGCCUGAUCAGUCAUCAAUCUGUUGUGUGUGUCCUGGCAUCCAUGAAGUCUCUUGUGGCAGCCUAGCCGUAAAAGCCAUCUUUGUGUUGCUGUGACUAGUGGGUUGUCGCUUGUUAAAAAUUGCUGUAGUUCAGAGAUCCAAUUGAACUCGCUCACAAGCAAGUUCUUUUCCUUCACUUGACGCGACUGACUCAGUUCAGUUGACACGUGGCCGAUGUGACGCUGACCGAGAUCAAGUGACUCUGGUCAGUGUGAUUUUACUGUUUGGGGUCAAUUGGCUCUGGUCAACAUGACACUACUGUCUAGAGUCAAUUGACCCUGGUCGUGACGCUACUGACCGGGGUCAAUUGACACUGGUCAACAUAAUGCUACUGACUGGGGUCAAUUUCUCUGGUCGACAUGACACUACUGACUCGGAUCAGUUCUGCACAUCAAUAGUGACAUCUGUCAUAGCACUCACAGAGAUGCCUGUUGGUUUGGUUGUGCCAGCCUUCGCAGUCAAGUCUUGUGUUGUGUUUGGGGACUUGCGUGACUUGGAGGCUGUCAUUUCUUCUAAACUUCGAUGUUUCAGAGAUCUGACUCUGACUCUUUUUUGAGAAGUGUGGAUCUGCUCUUCAACCCAGAGUUAAGGCAACUCUGCAUCAACAGUCUUUUGCACACUGCAAUAGUUUAGUCUCACUCACAUUAUGGCAGAUCUUAACGCUCUGGCAGUAAGCUGAAACCAUAGACAUUUUGCUGUGUUGAAAUUAUGAGUCACCCCACUUUCAGGCCUGCCGAGAUGUUUUCAAGACAUUUUUUUUUUAUUUCACUGGAGUGCUAUUUUAGUUGCAUCAUUACUGCAUCACAACAAUCUCGGAGUUGUUUGAUUGGCACUUAGAGAAAAAAAACUGCGGAUGGUACCGAACCUCAUCUUUUUUUGUUUGGCAGCUCAAUUGAUGCCAUUAGCAAGGUUCCUUUGAUACAUGGAUCGUUCUGUACCUGCAUAUCGUUAAUAUUUUAGUCUCAGUUUAUCAUUAUUGGCUCGUUUACAUUGUUACCUAUUUUCCUGCAAGAUUCACUGUACCCCUGAUGCCAACACUAAUCAGAGCUCUUACAUUAUUUAAAGUGGUGACGACAAAGCAAGUGAUAAUAAAUGCACCUUGUUGAAUAACUGCGUUACGUUUAUCAUUAUCGUACUGCGUUACAUGAUCGAGCGUAAGAAUGGUCUCUCGUCAUGUAUCUCAUGGCAGAGAGGUGAACGUCUGUCGUACACGUAUAGCUAUGGUAGUAAUAGUAUUUAUGGCAAUGCUAGUGUGAUUUCUUUUUUCACUAGUACAGGCAAACUUUCACCUACUAAACCUGGGCAAGUCAGUCUUGGUACUCGUGGAGCAAAGGUUCUCGGUGACAUGCCAAGGCUAGAUCGUUUUUCGAGUGGCUUCGGAGUGUACUUAAUUUUACGAGGAGCAGCGCAAAACACGAAGGUUAAGGAAGAGUGUUUUCGUCGCCUUUUGGUUUGCUCCUCGUAAAAUAUGUACGAACUUGCCCAAGCUUGUACUUUGUUUGAGUGUACUUAAGCUACAUCUAGCUACAGCAAAUACGAUCCUAUGCUGUAGCUUAAGCUACAGCAUAGGAUCGUAUUUAAAAAAAAAAAGGCUUUCUUUCUGUUCAAAUUUGCUGCUGCCCCAAAGACCUUCUCUAGCAGUGACUCUGCUUCCCCCAUAGAACAUUGAAAGGUGCCUCAUGGUGCGAUCUUGUACGCGUUCCAAAAUAAGCACGGAAGCGUGGCGUUACAUCCAGCCGCACGCGAUUGGUCAAUGCAGGGCCGUGACGUCUGUCGCGGUUCCCAUUGGCCAUUCGCGUGCGGCGGGAUGUAACGUCACGCCUCCAUGCUUAUUUGGAAUGCGUACAAGAUCGCACCACUGAUCUGCACCUUUAUUGUCGAUCAUGACGAGGGAAGAAGGCAUUCCCACUCAAAAGAAGCCUUGGCAGUCCAUGUCGCUUAUAAUUCAGCCUGUUACUCUGUGCUCUUGCUUUGUUUGAUUCAUAUCCCAACACGCCCUUUGUAACACGCAUAGCAAAUGUCUAUUGCCUGUUGGUGUCUAGCCAGUUUCCAUUUCUCGCAUUCUACAACCGAGUUCGUGUUUCCAUCUCAACUGAACUCUACAGCUUGCCGUACUGGUGCUAUGAAGUCAUCGUCCUCUGCGAAGACGAAUUUGAGACACGUUGCAUUGUGUUUCGUGUUGUCUACCUGCUGUGAAGAUGGGUUUGUGUGUAGCCAGGGUGGCCAGCUGACGGUCGGCAGAUAGCCUUUUCAUAAAGGGCCCGGAUAUAUGAAGCAUGGUGGCAAAAAGUACACCAGCAUGAUAGUCGGGGAGGCUUAUGUACUUUGAUCAAAAUGUAUUUUCAGUUUGAGCUUUACUUCUGUGCCUAAUUGACCUGUGCUCCACACUGGCAAAACAAGUCGGAACUACAUUUUAGUUCACCAUUUUGUGUUCAUUGCAGUAAGCGACAAUAGUGGAAGGUUUAGGACAGCUUUACGUAAUCUUGACGAAAAGGGUGCUUCGGAAAUGUCUCAUUCAAGGAAAUUCGUGGAAGCGAGAUUGUGCAAGCUACACGUAUCUUGAAAAAAGAGAAACAAGCGCAGAUGAGAUGUGUAUGCACCAGUGCAUGACGGUGUACCUCUGAGAUUGAGGUUAUAGGACAAGUAAGGCUGGCCACCUAGUGUGUGAUGUCAGUGUGACAUCAUAUAGAACAGUCAGCUGAUGAUGCUUGACGUGCGCUGCUACUGGUGCACAAAUAAGUGACUCAAAGAGUUAACAUCGAAUCAAUACUAUUGCACGUUUGUGUGUUGUUCCACAUAAGACGAAAUGCCCUCUCUGGUAGGAAGUACAGUUGCGCACAAAUUUUUUUGGAACACUGGCUCUGCAACAAACAGUUUCGCUCUGUUGAGGUUGCAUGGUUCUAUUCAGUUGCAUAUGUCGCAAAAGAACAGUAGAAUUUGUGAAUUCAAGACCUUGUGUUAUAAUUUUUUGGGGAAUACUAGAGGUUUGUAAAGAGUUGUGCCCUAUAAACUUAUGUGGCCAACUGUACUUCCGUGUGGUUUUACUUGUACAUAGCUAACCGCACAUUUUGGUUGUGCAGUCACAUAAGAAAUGUUACACAGCAUGGUCUUUUUUUUUUUUUUUUUUGCUGGCAUAGUCUUUAGAGAAAGCUUUUCAAAUGUGGCUCUAGGGUAAGCCAGUGUUAUAAAAUGCUUGAGUCGUAAUAGAUUCCAAAGAAAAUUGUGGGCAGGCUAAAGGCAUCUCGGACAGAAUAUUAGACCACUGACCCAUUCACAAUGAAUUUUGCAAUAACAUUUGAAGUUCUUUGUGUUUGGCCUUUCCACUACAUAUUACGGUUUAUUGACCAUCAGAGGUGCGAAUGGCUGUAACACUGCUGACAGUGGCAGAGUGUCGCAAGCGUUCGUGUUUCGCGCUGUCUGUGUUCAAAGAACGUGCAUCCAUCACUGCAUGUUCAUAAUUACGUCUUGCCCAUUUUGUUACGGUUGGCAGCUAAGUAGCACAUAGCCCAUCGUUGUAAUACUAAUCUAAAGCUGAAAGCUGAACACGUCAUCACAAGAUUACAUUGCCAGCACUGAUGAUAGCAUUGUGUCCAGUAUUUUGUGAGUGGUAAUUUGCAUGUGAUUGGCUUAAAAAACAUUUGUAAAAAUUUGUCUCCAUUUUUUUACAAGAAUGUUUGGAUUUCCUUCUAUAGUUUUAUGUGAGACCCAAAAGCAGUAGUAUUGGGCUUCGUAGGAAGCCCUUGCUUUUGUUCGGUUAGUUACCUAAUUUUCUGUUGAACACGUUGAGGCCUGUGUCACAAACAAGCAGUCUAUUUGAAAUGAUGCUGUGAUUCUGCUAGCAAGUGUUGCAGCAGUUUCGAGUCCUGUCUUGCAUAAUGACUUUUCAUGCAUCCGACAGGUUCGGACGUGCCUUCGCAACCGAACCUUGUGUCACAGUUGCAUUGGUCAACCCAAUUUUCAUGUUCCUACAGUGCUAAAGACCUGGACACAAUGUGCAGCUUUUAUUUCAAUACUAUUUCUUUUUUUACUUUCCGUCAAGACCAACAGAGGGUGAUCUGGUGCUGAAAUCAAUUAUAGUGUGUGGGAGUCGUGCAGUGUGUGGAGAUGUUUGUCGACCUUGAUGGUGUGGGCUCUUUUGAGGAUGCAGUUUGUGGAGUCUUCUCGCAAUUCUUUGACAUUCAGAUUAGUGGGCUGUUCUCCAAACUUCCUUACUGUCGCAAAACGUUUGGUGUUGCCGACUGCAUGUUUGAUCAUGAACUCCUUGCAGCAAUAAUGGUAUUUUAGUGCAUGUCUCAAGUCCAGGGAUAUUGGGAAAUGGUCUUAUAGUAAUCAAACGGCAUUUGCAGGCUAAGUAACAACUAUCAUAAUGAAGCUUUGAAAGGUGCUUACAAAAUAACGGCCGAGUGGAAAAUUUAACUAAAAUGUCGAGGGGAAGCUUAAGUCCAGUUCCAGUGUUCCGAUAAGAUGACUUGCACAUUCGUCUUGUGCUAGCCAAGUUUUAGACCAUCGUGAAAACUAGUCUUCAGUGAGACGAAUGCAAAAGUUCUUCCUCUCGUCGAAAGAGUGGCGCUAGACAUACCUCUUUCUUUCCUGGUUUCCUUAUCUGACUGCAAUCACAACUGUAAGUGUUGAAUACACGUUGAGCCAACUCAUUGGAAGACUAUGAAUGACUGGACUAGAGAUCAGUUCAGCGUUUAUCAAGACGUGCUGCUGUAGGCGCUAGCACCAGAUUGUCCUCUGUGUUAGUGUGAAACUGUGUGUACUUUGUACACGUGAAACAUUGAGUGCAAUAUAUCGCCGCAGCCUAGUGUGAGAAAGUGUUCAGCAUGUCUGCAAACAAGAGCGUUGAAGGUUUCCCAAUAGUAAACAGGUAUACCACACGCAUAUAUGCAGUGUUCUCGAGAGCAUCAUAUUGGGCUUUGCAUGUUGCAGUUAAGCCUUAUCGUUUCAGGUUUCAAGGUGUAAAUAAUGUAAAAAAAAAGCUAUAUAUGCACAAGCUAUCGUUGCUGUAUUCACCUGUGUCAUAGCAUUCCCUUCCCAAAGUGUUUUAUUGUAAGAACUUUAUCAUGCUUUUUCCAUCUUCAGUGCAGACUCAUUUUCAGUGCCGAUAGCAUGUAGACCUGUGAAAUGUAUGUGCAUCUGGUUUAGGACACUCAUUUCAUUAACACUCAUGGUCAGUGCUGAGAUAAGAGUUUCAUGCAGUUACUGCUGGAGGCCAAUGCAACCACGGUAAAAGAAGCCGCAUUCCGAUUUGUGCUUUUUUGUGUGUGUAUUGCGACACAAAUCAAGCUUGCAGAGAUGUUCAGGGUUUUCGAGUUGAUGCACGGAAUUAACAGCCUGCGAAAUGCAGGUUCAGCCUGUGCAUGUUGAAGCACGAAGCUCAGCGGUUUGCACAAACAUUGUUAGCGUCAUGUUCUCAUCUGGUGGUCACUGCAUGAAACUCCGUAGGCGUUGGAGUCCGUAGGAGAUAAUUGCAAGCGGGUGUGGACUCCACCAGAAUCAAUGAGAUUCUGUUCCGCAUUCCAUUCCAAGCUUGGUUGUUUGUACCUUAGGCCUUGAUGCGAGAAUGAUGUCAGCAAUUCUUCCUUUCAGAACCUUCUUUCCGAUCUGCUUGUUGUGGUCAACGACACUGCCCGACAGAGCAUGUAUGUUGGCUGUGCAGAGUCUUGGCUUUGGGCAUAUAUUGAUAUCUAUUAAAGAAUGUUAUCUCAGUCUGCGUUA